CCCCGCCCCGCCCUCUCCGCCCGCAGCGGCCCCCGGCGGCGCCAGGGUCAGGUGGCAGCGGGCCCGCCCCGCGCGCGCGGCAGCGCUGUGGCGGGAGGCGCGCGGCCUGCUGUCGAGGCGGGUCGCUUUCCGGGGGCGCAGCGGAUGCCUGGAGCUAUGGAAUUUACAAUUAAACACACAUGGGAUGGUUUACCUUUGAGCCAUGAGCCGGUAACAAUUGGGCUGAAGUCGGACAGUGCAGGACUGCUAAUGGAAGUGAAUGCUCCCUUCUUUAAUGACCCUGCAGCACCACUUGGAGAGCCAGGGAAACCUUUUAGUAGACUGUGGGACUAUGAAGUUGUAGAAGCAUUUUUCCUGAGUGACAGAACUGAACAGUAUUUAGAAGUUGAACUUUGUCCUCAUGGACAACACUUGUUGCUGCUGCUUUCUGGCAGAAGAAGAGUAUGGAAAGAAGAACUUCCUUUAAGGUUUGAGGUGACCAGAAUGAAAACCAAAUGGGAGGGUAAAGCUUACCUUCCUUGGAAUUAUUUUCCACCAUGCACUAACAAAUUCAACGCAUUUGCAAUUCAUGGCUCAGGAGAAGAAAGAAAAUAUGAAGCUCUUCAUCCUGUGCCUCAGCAUGAACUACAGGAAGGACAGAAACCAGAUUUUCAUCGCCUGGAAUUUUUCAAAGAUUUGAACCUGAAAGGACUGAUGGGCGAAGAUUGGAAGCAGCCUGAAUCAGAUAUAUGGAAGUCUCUCACUAGUUAAAUGGAUUGAGGCAUAAAUUUUUAUAUCAUUAAGGUUGGAUGAAGCUGUAUGGAAACAAAUCUUCAUUCUGAGCAGAGUUUGUAAAUAUCAGACUAGUAAGGCUUUCCUUGAAACCAAAAUCGUUGAUCUAUCUUAAAAUCAACUGUAAAGCAUCUGGGCCAAUUGAUGCUAAAUGUAUGAAGUAUGCAGUGGCUUGUGUUUCAAUUCAUGUGGGUAUGGAGUUCUUCAUGUGUGCAAGGGCUAAUCUGCUCCUACCAAUGAAGGGGAAAAAAUGUGCUAAAAUUACAUCUGUGUUUUCAUGAGAGCUCUAAACCUGACAAGGCUAAUAUCUGGCUUGGGAUAUUUCAGUUUCCUGUAGUUGCUGAAUUUCUGCUGUAUUUUCACUGCUGCUUGUUUGUUUCUUGGCUGUUGAAUGGGAUUCUUAUGUGCCUGAAGUUUUUGAUUGCAAUCAGGAGAAAGGAUGCCUCCUUCAGAACAGAAAAGAAUAUAGCUAUCAUGGCAUUUUGUGGCCCAGUACUUGCAUUACAAGAUGCUGUGGAGGUAUAAUACUACCUCAUCCUAUACCUUCCUAUACUUGAAGUUUUCCCUUUCACAGUCCUGAAGGGGGAACUUAAUCUCUGUUGCUUUAUUAGCAGACCUCUCUGUCUCAAAUUCAGUGUGGAAUUUUUAGUGAUAUGUAGGUACAGGAGGUAAAUUGACAAAAGAUUUUAUGUAUUCCAGGAAAAGUUUCUGGGAAAAAUAACGUUAAAUAAAGUCUUUUGAUAGAGUUGUGUGCCUACAAAAGCUGGUUUGUUCCAAGACCUUGUCACAUCACCUUGAUUCAUCUCAGACGUAUGAGAAUUUUUUUUGCAUGCCAUGUAAAGUUGGAAAGAGUCUUAAUUGUAUGUUGCCUACAUUUUCUACAUAUGGGCGUGAAUAUUUUUAACAGUACUGAAUACUGUUAAAUGGUAACAUCUAAUCUGUAAACUCUCACCGAAUUUACAAGUGAGAUGUUCUUUUUUUGUCUAGCAUAGUAAGUGCUGCUUGAUUGUGGCUGCUGAUUUGAUUCUAUAUAAAUUAACUUAGAGAAUGGGAAGCUUACCCAGUCUGAAAAAUAGGUGAUUUUAAAAGCAAACUUUGAUUUAGUUCAGAAUGAGGAUUCAGACUAAGACAUGGUCCGCAGUCCUUUACUAGAAAGAGCACUUCCUGUAUCCUCUUGUAAUGUCAUCAUCACAGGGUACAAAUUGGUCAUGUUCUCUGGUUUUGUGAGAAGGAUUGUUUUGGGAGUCUGAGAAAAUACGGCUUAGUCAUAGCUGAGGGAGUAUCUUUCAGGAGUUAUGCCCUGAGCGUCUGGUGUUGGGUCUCAUCCUUUGGUGUAGCAUUUUCUGCUGAAUAGCUUGGAAUCCUACAAGUUCCUGGAACGAACUGGUCGUCUUGUAUGUAGUCUAACAUCCUGCUCAAAGCAGGGCUGUUGUUGAAGCUGGAUGAGUUUGCUCAGGACUUUGUCGAGUCUUGAGUAACUCGAAAGAUGGAGCUUCAAAUGCUCUGGGCAGCCUGUUUCAAUACUCAGGUAGUUCUGUUAUGAAAACUUAGCUAAUUGCCAUUUCCUAUGAUGCAACUUCUAUCCGUUGCCUUUUGUCCUUCCGCUGUGUGUCUCCAAGAGGAGUGACUUCCUGUAACUACCGAUUAGGUAACUGAACGUAACUGUUGGCUCCCCGUGGAUUUCUUUAAAUGUUGUCAUUCUCUGUUUGCCUUUCAUGAAUCUCAUUAGUAAGCACCUUCCAGUCAGAUAAUACUGGCAGACAACUUAAAAGUGUAACUUGGGUUGUAACUCAGAGGCAGCAAUGCUCCCAGGCCUUUCUUGUUUAUUUAGUUGGUAAAUGAUUCUAAAAAUCUUCUGUGUAGCUUUAGACACCAAAGUGCUUGUAAAGUUUUACACAAGACUGUGGUCUCCAAGUCAUAUUACUAAAAGAAUUCUCUGUUCUCUUCUGAGCUUGUACGCAAUAAUAACCGUAGUCUGAUGGUCAUGUUUUCUCUACUAUCUUAAAAUCUAACCCUACUUGUAAAUUCUGCCUGAGGAGAAAAGUUGGGAAUACCCUGCCUUUGUGAAGAACAUCUCAGUGUGAUUAGUAUCAGAGAUAGACUGUUACUUCAGAAGUUUUGUUUGGCUUUAGGUUCACUCUUUGUGCUUUCUGUUUUAUAGAACUGUACUUCCAAAUUUAAGGAUAUUAGUUUUUUUUCAGAUGCAGGCUUUGGCAUGUCAUUGCACUCAGCCAUCCGAUUGGUUUUGCUCUCUUUUAAUUAGACACUAUGGAUUCCUUGCUAUAAAGUGCCAUCUGUUGAAAAUUACAAGUAUUGUACAUUCAGUUGUUUGCCGCCUUUCUACCUUCAAUCCAUGUAGUUUUCUAAAGAAUGACAUCUGUCUGAAAUACUGAAUAAUCCAAUAAAUGUUGAUUAAAAACA